CCUUUUUAUUUACAGCUUCUCUCCAAGGUAAAAUGGCAAACCCCAAAGAGAAAACUCCAAUGUGUCUGGUAAAUGAGUUAGCCCGUUUCAAUAGAGUCCAACCCCAGUAUAAACUUCUGAAAGAAAGAGGGCCUGCUCAUUCGAAGAUGUUCUCAGUGCAGCUGAGUCUUGGGGAGCAGACAUGGGAAUCCGAAGGGAGCAGUAUAAAGAAGGCCCAGCAGGCUGUCGCUAACAAGGCUUUGACUGAAUCUACGCUUCCCAAACCAGUUCAGAAGCCGCCCAAAAGCAGUGUUAACAAUAACCCAGGUAGUAUAACACCAACUGUGGAACUGAAUGGGCUUGCUAUGAAAAGGGGAGAGCCUGCCAUCUACAGGCCGUUAGAUCCAAAGCCUUUCCCAAAUUAUAGAGCUAAUUACAACUUUCGGGGCAUGUACAAUCAGAGGUAUCAUUGCCCAAUGCCCAAGAUCUUUUAUGUUCAGCUGACUGUAGGAAAUAAUGAAUUUUUUGGGGAAGGAAAGACUCGACAAGCUGCUAGACACAAUGCCGCAAUGAAAGCCCUUCAAGCACUGCAGAAUGAACCUAUUCCGGAAAAGUCAGCUCAGAAUGGUGAAUCAGGAAAAGAAAUGGAUGAUGACAAAGAUGCAAAUAAGUCUGAGAUCAGCUUAGUGUUUGAAAUUGCUCUGAAGCGAAAUAUGCCCGUCAGUUUUGAGGUUAUUAAAGAAAGUGGACCACCACAUAUGAAAAGCUUUGUUACUCGGGUGUCAGUGGGAGAGUUCUCUGCAGAAGGAGAGGGAAAUAGCAAAAAACUAUCCAAGAAACGUGCUGCAACCACUGUCCUGCAGGAGCUUAAGAAACUUCCACCUCUUCCUGUGGUUGAAAAGCCAAAACUGUUUUUUAAAAAACGCCCUAAAACAAUAGUAAAGGCUGGACCAGAAUAUGGUCAAGGAAUGAACCCCAUUAGCCGCCUGGCUCAAAUUCAACAGGCCAAAAAGGAAAAGGAACCAGAUUACGUUUUGCUUUCAGAAAGAGGAAUGCCUCGACGUCGGGAAUUUGUGAUGCAGGUCAAGGUAGGCAAUGAAGUUGCUACUGGAACAGGACCUAAUAAAAAGAUAGCCAAAAAAAAUGCUGCAGAAGCAAUGCUGUUACAGCUUGGUUAUAAAGCAUCCACUAGUCUUCAAGAUCAACUUGACAAGACAGGGGAAAACAAAGGAUGGAGUGGUCCAAAGGCUGGGUUUCCUGAACCAACAAAUAACACUCCAAAAGGAAUUCUUCAUCUGUCUCCUGAUGUUUAUCAAGAGAUGGAAGCCAGCCGCCACAAAGUCAUCUCUGGCACAGCUCUAGGCUAUUUGUCACCCAAAGAUAUGAACCAACCCUCAAGCUCUUUCUUCAGUAUAUCUCCCACCUCGAGUAGUUCAGCUACAAUUGCCAGGGAACUCCUUAUGAAUGGAACAUCUCCUACAGCUGAAGCCAUAGGUUUAAAAGGAAGUUCUCCUCCUCCCCCUUGUUCUCCAGUACAACCUUCAAAACAGCUGGAAUAUUUAGCAAGGAUUCAAGGCUUUCAGGCUGGUUCAGAGCCCUCCCUUCCUGAACCUCCAUGCACUUUCCACCUCUCUCCUGGAGCCACCUGGUCAUUGGACUGUAAACUCGAGGGCUGAGGACCGUCUCCUAAGUCCACGGAAUGGUGCGGAGAAGAGAGUCAAUGGCUCUAUAUCAUAUUAAACUGAUGAAUCAUUUUAGAACAAAUUAUUAUUUUAAAAGUGUAGGGAUGUAGUUCUCUAAAAAGCAAAACAGAGCAACAUUUUAGAAACUGCCUGUAAUGCCAGUUGCUGGUGUUGAGGAUGGCGUCAUGAAUUCAAAUAACAGGCACUGUCCUGGCAGUGCUGGCUGCCAUGCUGCUGCUUUUGCCCAUGGGAUUCAGGACGUGUCCAUCUGAAUUUGGUCUUGGAGGAAGGAUGAAGUACAAUUAUGAUGUAAAAUUACUAAAUAAUUAACAGGGUAUGGAAAAAGCAAAUACCUUAAGGUUAUGUCUUCUACUUCUGUCAGAGCCGGUUGUCAAACCUUAUUUUAUUGGAGAAAACUUUGUAGGCAACCUUAAACUAACCUCCAGCGUGCGUAGUUUUUGCAUUUUUAAUUGCCAUUGAGAGCUGACUGCCUUAACUGGGUCACACAAUGAGCUAGUAGCAGAACUAGGGGUCCCAGGCUGCUUCCCUCUUCUGUGCGUGCAGGAGACAGAAAAGCAGAACCUUUUCUCUAUAACUUGGGUGUUGGUAAAUGGGACUAACGUCCACCUUAUAGGUGGGUUUGGUAAAACAUUAUUUAGCCGUCCCUAUAUCAGAAUUCAUGUAAUAAAAAGUCGUACAUUAACAAGGUUCUACUGUGCUAGAUUUCACUUGUAUUCCAGAAAGAAUGUUUUAAAGACCGAAAAUAUUCAAAUCCAUCCAGCUGACCUGUAUUCCAUUAUAUGAUCACUUACACUAGAAAUAUAGAUUUGGAACUAACCUUUGCCUUUUAACAUUUCAAGGAAGUUACGUUAACUUGAACUAAAUUCCAAUGCUCUGUAGCAAUUCUAGAAGCAGCUUCAAAACAAUGACUUCUUCCAUACUCCUGUACUCAUAAAUAUCAAAUUUUUUAAAUUUGUUUUUCUAUCAUGUCAUUAUGCUGGCUUCUAAAAUCUUACCAUUUAUUAGCAGUAUCCGAAGGGACCUACUGAUAGGAACAUGGGGACUUGAUGAGCUCAUGGUCAUUGUCAUCCCUGACUUUGUAUGAAAUGUAGCCUUUUAAAUUGUCGUUGACACUAAAAGUGAACACUAAUGGCAUCUUAAUGUGAGACUAACUCUGGACAUGACUGUAUUUUUCGUUUCCUUGCAAAAACUGCUCCCUUGCUGACGGCAUGGCUGAAACAAAACCCUUAGCAUUUAAAAGUAAAGAGCCAGAGUAAUGACUCUGUAAACGCCACUUCAGUCAGACUCUGAUACCAAAUACAGCGUUACGUUCGAUGCAUGUAGGCAUGGCCUUAGAAUGUCCCACACAGUGAAUCUCUGAGUCUCGCAUAUCAAUCACACCUCCUUCACAUACCUGGCCUGGAGCCUUAAUGGAAUUCCUCCUCAUUAUUGCAGUGAUAGCUCACUUCCUCUGUUUUUCCAAGCGGCUGCUUAUUGUGCCAGCUUCUUCAAGGAGCAUUUUCUUACCUAAGCAACGCUGUAAUGUUGUAAUAUAUGCUGACAGUUCAUUUAUACAGUCCUUCUUGUUCCAAAUGUUUUUAUGUUCAAUUACUGAAAUUUAAUCAUCAGAAGAGAUUGCAUUUUCUCUAGAUCAUGCAGCUUGGCUUAAAUGUUAAGUUAAUAGUAAAUUACUGAAAUAUAAGAUUUCAAAGGUUUAAAAAUUCAGUAUCAAGAAAAUUCAUUAAAGUUUGAACUGAUCACCUUUGAAAUUAUAGAUAAGAGCUGUGUAAAUGGUCACAUAUAAAUCACAUAUUUUAAGAGAAGUGAAUUUGACAUUAUAACAAACCGAGUCAAUGAUUGUUCAUGAUUGUCUAGACAAGUUGUGAGGGUUGGUUUGGGUUUUUUUUGUUUUUUUUUUU